AUACCAUGUAAAGAACUUUCUUGCAAAAAGUUUAGGAAGCCCGACUAAAAUCAUGGAAUUAUCUACGAAGCAGGAAAAGAAAUACAGAGAGGAGUUGGAUAAGAGGUUCCGCCCGAUAUUCUCUCCAUAUCAGGAAGCCGGUGGCAUUCCAAUCUCGCUCCUCCGUGAGAAGCUUUACGAUGACCUGGAGGUUACAGCCGGGAUACCACAGGACAGAAUCGAUCUCCUGUUCCGUCGGGCGGACACGAAUCGAGAUGGGCGGAUGAGCUUCGAGGAGUUCAUGAGGCUGAUGACAAGCGGGUCCAGCAAUGUGUUGACAACCAAACAACUGACGAGCUUCCAGAAGAUGGUGCGAGCAACUGUCAGUACUGUCGUCCCAAAAAAUGCCGUUAAACACUCUGUGGACAGUUAUGUUGAGGCGUACAAUUGUAAACCACCACCGCUCUUCAUGAUAAUUGUUAGUUUAGCAGAGAUUGGCGUCUUCAUUUAUUACGCCUUGGACCUCGCCAAAGCUGGCACGCCUAUCACAGCGACCUCUGGUGUGGCAAUAUAUUCUCCUCUCAUCUAUAACCCGCUGAGACGUUAUGAGGCUUGGCGGUAUUUGACAUACAUGUUCAUCCAUAAUGGAUAUUUUCAUUUGAUUUUCAACUUGAUCUUCCAACUGUUGCUUGGUCUCCCCCUGGAGGUGGUCCAUAAGUGGUGGAGAGUUGGCAUUGUCUAUGGUCUAGGUGUUGUUGCAGGUUCCUUAUCGCACAGCGUGGUUGAUCAGCAUUCAUAUCUAGCCGGAGCAAGUGGGGGAUGUUACGCUAUUCUUGGUGCUCAUUUUGCAAUUGUUAUCAUGAAUUGGGAAGAGAUGCAACAUGAAUGGAUGAGUGGACCAAUCAAAUUCAUCCUCAGCGCACCGGUGCGAUUAGUUGUCUUGUUUCUAAUGGGCGGCGCUGAUACUGGCAUUGCUAUCUAUGAAAGAUACAAGACAGGCAAGAGUGCUGUUGGUUUUGCAGCACAUUUUGGAGGCAUUUUAGCAGGACUGCUUGUAGGGAUUCCCACGCUGAAGAACCUGGAUGUCAAACAAUGGGAAAGGGUUCUAUUCUGGGUUGCUCUCAUUGUCUACAUUUGCCUUGUUAUAUUUGCUGUCUUAUGGAAUGCGUUUUAUCCCGACUUCCCUGCUAUGAACUGGACACCCUGCUGUAGCAUGAACAAUACAAUAAUCCCUCGAGUAUUGACACCCUAGGGAUUUGGAUUAUUUUGGGAAGUUUUAUGAAAAUGUAAAGUCCCUUGAGACAGAAAUCAUACCAACAAAGUUUCACGGCAAAGGCCCGUUCCUUGGCCCGUUCCGAUGCCUUAUUUGAUGAUGAUGAUGAGUUUGUUUUAGCAGCAUUCUACUAAUGCUUGAGUCAAUAGGUUUUGAAAGGGUCCUCAAUUUUUAGCAAAAUAUUGUGUGUGUUUGUCCCCAGUGUUUCUUCCAGAGAGGGGGAAACUUUCUAUUAUGCUCACAUAAAGUAAUCAUUUGCAUAAAACAUCUGUCCAUUACAGGCAUUCUGGUCGGGAUCCCUGUCCUAAAAAAUCUCGACGUCAAACCUUGGGAAAAGAUAGUGGUGUGGUUUUCCGUAGUUAUGUAUCUAAUUCUGGUGAAUUUUGCCAUAUUUUGGAACACCCUCUAUCCUCAUUUUGCUUCACCGAAUAAGACGCCAUGCUGUAAUAUAAACAACACGCUACUUUUCCCAACGUGACUCAACAAUGACGCGGCAAAAUUGGUGAACAAAUUUCUUCUUCAUAUCUACACUGUCAUGGUAGUUGCCUUGAAAUUAACUAAGAUUUUCUUUCUGUAAAUGCCAUUAGCCGUUUUAUGAUCUUGUAGUGGGAACUAGAGAGUAUCAUUUACAAAGGGUGAUAGUUCUUAGGCUUUUAAAAAGGUUUUUUUUAAAUUUUGAUCGACAAGUUUUGGGGCCUGCUCAAUGAAAUCAUGGUCCAGUGUUUAAUUUUUGCAGGUUUUGCAAGCAGCCUAGCUUCGCAAAAAGAAAAGUUUUCCUAAUAAGAAUGUCUUCCCUACUGCCUUCCUGGUGGUUUAAUAUUGUGAGAUAUACCCAGUAUUUCUAGGCUCUUUCUAUGAUUACCUGGUCUACACUUUGUCACUCUUCAUGAUGGUUUUAAUGAUGCUGUCUCCUGCUUCACAAUACGUGCACUUUGAGUAAAAUUUAUAUAUUUUUGUACAGUGUAGUUAUUGUUUUAGAGAUUUCAACUUCCUUAAAGGAUUGAUAUGAAUGAACUGUAGAUGUACUGUAUGUUAUGUGAAGUUUGUAGGUUUAUCCAACCUGUUAUGACAAGUAAUAUUUCAGUCUGCCUGUUAAGCCAAAGAUGAAAAUUCACUGCAAAAUAAAAUGGCGGCAAAUAUUACCGUGUUCUCAUUGUCUUACCUGGUCUAUUAAGAGUUGUCGUUAUAGCUUAGGAACAGUACCAUGCAUGCUACCAGAAAAUGAGGCAUAGCUUUGAAAUAGCAAGUUCUGGCAAAUCCCCCAAAUUGCUCCAAUAUGACAUAUUCAUAUCAACUUGCGUAUGAGAGCCUUACAACUUCCAGUACAUCGUUUGUUAAUUGACACCUAUACAGUAUAUUAGAGAAUUUCUUUUUCUUGAUUUGCUAAAACUCGCUGAUACAAGUAUGUAUAUUUUGCUACUUAUACCAAAAUGGAUCACUGUUUUAUAAGUUAUAGCAUCUUUAAGACGAAUGUUAUGAUUUUAGCAAACUUAUCUGAAAAUUAUGCAAAUUACAACAGUAUUACAUUAGUAUUGGUACUAAAACAGACAUGUUGUAGGUAAUGGCUCUGUCAAUGUGUCUUAUCUGUUGAAAGUCUUCUGCAUUUUCUGCUUCUGCAGUGUAAUUAUUACUGUUGCAUAGUGUCUCACCAUAAUAGCCCAUUUGUCCGUUUUUUACAACAAAUGACUUAUUGCAAUGAAACAGUCAAGUAAAAUGGCUUAAUUUUGAAUCAGUCUGUCUUUCAAGUUAUCAAGUUAACAGAAACUACCAAAUGCUGUAAAAAAUACUGUAUGGGUUUAUUUUUGUCAAAUUUUAGUCUCAUAGACUCGUUUACAUUUUAACAUGUACUUUAAUCUUCCAGGGACAAGAUUUGAUGGAUCAUUUGAAAGCGGACAACUCAUCCUGCAAUUGAGGUUAACAGGUGCAAAAUAUUCAGCGCCAACCUGGCUCCCCUUAUCACUAUUUCAGGGAUAACUGUUAAAAACUGUUAGAACAUGUUGUACAUAUUUUUAUAAUAAUAUCUAUUCGCAUUGUUGGUAGUUCCAUUUGUAUGUUAAAAUUGUUAAUAACAGAUUAUUCUGAGAGAGUUAGUAAGGUAAAUGGGGAACUUGCAGAACACAUUGAUAAUGCUCACAGAGGUUUUUAAUUGAACUGAUGCUAUAAUUGUACCACUUUACCCAACAUACCCCAUUGAUGUGAGAAGGGAGAAUAAAGACAUGGAAUUUCAUCAUAUUUUCAAUAACAAAUCAUCCCCAAGCUGGCCUUUGACUGCCUCAGAUUCAGCAGUGUAAUAUAUUUAUCGUUGCCCCACAUACUCCCGCCAAAGAAAAGCUGCAAAUAUUUUGGUCAAGGUUUUCUUAGUGGUUAUGUCAUCCUGAAAACAUAUUCUAAGAUUUGGGGGGGGGGGGGGGGGGGGGACACAUCUCUAUUCUCCCUUUUAAGUUAAGAGUAUCAAAUCACUGCUGAAUAUCCAAGAAUGGGUUCAGGAUUGUUCACCAUCGAAUCAUCACUCCAUGGUCAUUUGCUUUCACAAUAUUUUUGAAGUAUGGCAUGUAUUGAAUUUUUCAAUAAAGAUAUUU